AUGGCGGAAAUAUUAGGAAUAGCCUCGGCGGCAAUUGGCCUAGUGCCUAUAGUUGUUGAAGUUGUAAAAGGAUUUGGCACUUUAUGUAAGGCUAUGAAGGUGGCAAAAGCCUGCGCCAAACAACUGAAAGACCUCGAUGUGAAUCUUCGAACACAGGAACAAAUUUUCAUCAACGAGUGCGAACUCCUCCUGCGACCAUCAAUGGCAAGCACGCAAUCACUACAAGAGAUGACCAGGGACUUUGAUAAUCCGACUUAUCAUGAUGGCGCCCUUGAGAUCCGCAUUCAAUCGCGAAUGUCUCAGAGUUAUGAACAGUCAAUUGAGAUCAUAAAAGCAAUACGUCUUUCACAGCAACUGCUUCAAUCGGAAUUGAGCACGUUUGCCAUUGUCCGCGAGGAAAAGCAAGUGCACGAGUCCUUGAGAGCAACUUUUAAGCGUCUAAAGACACGUCUUGAAGUUGGAUUCAACCUUUCUUCAUAUGAAAAGCAGUUGGAUCAAAUCAGACGCCACAAUUGCAACCUUCAAGCCAUACGGCGUCAGUUGGAUGAUCUACACACAGCAAAACCUUUCAAGCACGCGACACCUCUUCCAAACAGGCCGUCGCUGCCGAGUUGGAUAUCGCCAGUCCGCGAAUUGUCCAAAGAUGCAUAUUUCGCAUUAAGUUCAGCAUUCUCCUGCCAGGAUGACAAGCAUACCGAUCACUAUACAGCCCUAGAAACCAGCACUAGAAGUCCAGGUCAGAAGAGCUCACGACUUGAGGUUGCAAUUGUAUAUUGCCACGGCACCGAUAUCGAGGAUCACACUUUUCUUAGAUUGAUCCUGCAAUCGUGCCUCCCACAUCCGGAAUGGGUGUCCAAAACUGGGACGGCCCAUGUCCCGAAAAGUACAAGACGGGUACAGUUCGCGGAGCCCGAACCUGAGCGACACAGUACAGAAUCGUGCCCAGUGCCGCCAGAGCAAAGAAAUCUAAUUAGCCUCUCGGCAGUAGACAAUGCAUGCGCGUAUCUAGAGUCUACGAUGCGGUACUCGACACGACAACACACGGACUAUCUCGCGUAUCUUUACCAAGAAUCACCUUGCGAGCGUUCAUUCUAUAUAACCAGGCACACGGAUGGCUAUUCUCCAGAUUCAUACCAUCGAAGGAAAAGCUUGCAGGACCUGUUCAAGAACGCCCCAGCGACUCGAGUGACUAUGCCAGGCCAACUCAGGUUGGCUAUUCAGCUGGUCUACGCGGUACUACAGAGUCACUCAACACCAUGGCUCAGGGAACUUUGGACGACAUCUGAUCUUUUAUUUGAAACGACAGGGCCAAAUCACCAGAACCUGGACCUCGACCUGUUUUUACGAUCUCGCCUGUUGAGCCACAAUGAUACCGACUCGACGACGACUACGCUCGAAAGACGGGUCCACAGGGACAAGGGAAAAUCCAUUCCCUCUGACAGAACCGACGGCUACGGAAGAGAUAAUUACGAUAUAUGCAACAUGACCUUGUUCAGCCUGGGGAUAGCACUGCUCGAGAUAGGCCACUGGGCUCCAAUGUCGCAAAUGCGAUUGAAUGGCGACCGCGACGAUAUUGCAACAGCAUUGAGAGUUGCACAAGAGAAUAUCGGGCUUGGUAAAAAAUAUGGUCGCAUAGUUCGGAAAUGCAUGCAGUGCGAGUUUGGUUACGGGCACGACCUCGGCAAGGUGGAACUCCAAAGCGCUAUUUAUAGCGAUAUCGUCUGCCCUUUGCAAGAAUUAGUAGACAGAUUGGACGGGCCUUGA